AUGCAUCGGUCGGCUGACUCCCAAACACAUACAUGUCCUUUCCCAGCAACUUCCAACUUCACGUCAGAAGAGGUCACAAUUGAUGGCGAUACAAGUCCAGCAGUCGGUGGCGAUCAUUCACUUGGAUGUCGAUCCCCUGCUUCCAACACGAAAGAUCAUGAGCACGCGUUCGAGGGUGACAGCUCUGUCAGGGCCCAUGCAGCCUUCGCAGGAUCAUUUGCGAAGCAAACCAUCGAUCGAAGCGCCUUAGGCGAAGCCGGACCCAGGGUUCACGAUGCCUUGUCAGCGUUACACCAGAUCCUCACAAUGCACAGACCUGGCAAGGAUCGCAAUUUCAUCAAUGACGGAAAACCCAGUUCACAGGACUUACGAUGUUUGGGAAUGCCCCCACUAGACGCAGCUCUUCAACUGCUCCGCGAACUCAAGCAUCAGCUGCCUCCUACCUUUGAGUUAAUUUGUGCCGUAACAAGUAUUGAAUUCUUCACAGACCAAUGCCGACAAGUCUACUUUGCCACAGAACAGUUCUCUACCUCGACUUUCAUUAUUGUCAAUGUAGCGUUGUAUUUUAUCUUCCAGGGCAAGCUUAUUGAGGCGAACAAAUCUGGAGAUGAGGGCACGAAAGCGACUCUCCGGGACUAUUGCAACAUCUGCCAACGCAAUAUUGAAGCAACACUCCAUAUUAUGAGUUUCAUACUUCCAGCGCGGAAGGAAAAUGUGAUCGCGCUGGUUUUGGGUGCCAGCUAUGCGGUCCAGGCGUCCGACCCGUCGCUUGCGUGGAUGCUGAAUUCCACGGCAUGCCAACUCUGCAUCAGUCUUGGGUAUCAGCGAAACUCCCUACUCCCUGGGGAGGACGACGUGGCUAAAAAUAGCCGUGCAACGCUGUUUUGGAUAGCUUACAUUUUGGAUAGAGCGUUGGCCCUGCGACUGGGUCGGCCUGCUGUCCUCCAGGACUAUGAGAUCACACUCAACCGUACUCUGCAGCACCUCGGAGAGUUCGAAAUCUACCGGGAAACGAUACAGUGUUGGCUGGCGCAAGCUGAAGUACAGGGCCGGAUAUAUGAGGAACUUUACAGCCCCGCCGCCCUAAAAAGCCCAGUAGAACAUCGCGAGCAAUCCGCCCGCAGAUGUGCUAACAUUCUGUUGGCUGAACGGGCAAAGUUGAAAAAUCGAAUGCAGCGAAUAGGCCAGACUAGCACCCAUGCAAACACUGAAGUGGAAUUGGCCUUGCUAAGAUUCGACGAGCUAUCCAACCUCUCGACCCUGACUCUUGUGUAUCGAGCACUUCCACCAGAGUCGUCUGGUGAUGUGCCACACGGCUCUGGUAUUCUCGCCUCGGAAUGCAUUAAGAUAGCGAGGAAAGCGAUACAUGCACAUCUUAAGCACGUGUGUAGCCUUGGAACCAACACAGACGUAUUGGCUACCUACAUGCACUGGUAA